AGAAUACUUUCUUUCCUCGAACGCAGCAGACGCGUUUUCGCUUUCUUAUAACCAGAAAUCUAAGAGUUUUUGGGCCUAAACAACAUGGCGAGGAAUCUGUUGGCCAUCCUUCUCUUGGCCAGCAUAUGCAUGGCCCAGGCAUAUCCGGCUUUGUUGCCCUACAUCUACAAUCCUUCCAAACGAAGCAGCGGUGACACGGUUUUCCCCCAAAUCGAGGACGAUGUGAGUGAGCUGGACCAGCUGCGAAAUGAGCCCGGAGCGGUGGUGGCCAAGCGGCAGCACGACGGAAGUACCGCCCGCACCACCACAACCACCAAGGAGAGCGUCGAGGAGGUGGCUGCCGUUCCCGAACCUGGCCCAAAUCCAAAUGCAAAUAUUCUGCCCGAUUUGGAAAGGCAGCUGGAGGUGGCCACGCCUCUAAUUUCGACCACAACCACCACCAGCACCUCGGCCACCACAACUACGGCCACUUCUAAGGAGGAGGGUGAAAGGUCACAGCUGGAGGAGCCAAAAACGCAGAUCAAAACCGUGGUGGAGCCGACGGCCCAUGCCAAGUGUAUAUCUACGAAACCACCCAAAAACCAACAGGCAUUUUACGGGGCGGCACGUCUAGCUUUUGGCCAAAAUCCAGAGGUGCUACCAACGACCACGACCACAACCACAUCCACCACCACGACAACGACGGCAGCUCCUCCGGCUGAAGCCGAACCGGAAGCCGAUUCCCAACCACCAGCCGAAGCGGAAGCUAAAGAAGCCGCGGAAACGGAAGCGGAAACAGCGCCAAAUGUGGCCGGAGAACCAGUUGAGGCAGAGGAUCCCGUCGGCGAAGUGGCCGAAACCGAACUGACCGCCCUAAAUCCUCCGAAGUCCAAGCAAAAUCACCACGAAUCGAACAAGGAGACCAUCGGUGACAUUGUCUUCGAUGUGGUGGCCCGAACCACGGAGCGAAGGUCCAGCACGCCCAAGAUCACGGCCAAGACCGCCAAGAACUUGCUGCGAAGCCCAAAUGGUCAGUACUCGUCGUUUGACAUGGCUCAGUACAUUUUCUGGACUGGCGAUGAAACCGCUGUGGUAAAAGCUGUGGAGGAACUGGUUGAGGGAAAGGUGAUUACCCGGGAGAGCGCUCUAAAAUUCCUGCAGGACAUUCGGCUGGGGAUAGAGUUCUUGCAGCGGUCCUACGCCAAUCGAAUUUUCCCCGAGGAGGUUCGCCAGAAUCAAUUAAAGCGGCACAGCCCACCCAAUACCACGCCCCCAACUACAUCCACUACUACCACAACAACAACAAGUACAACCACAGAAAAGCCUUUCCCAGAAGUGCACGAAUCGGGUUUGGAAUCAGGAUUCGCCCGAGGCGCAGGAAUCCUGCCCGCGAGGAAUUUCGAUAGUUUUACCUUCUGGAACAAACUCAAAGUCUUGGACAGCGAAGCACAGCAAGAUGUAAAUGAUUAUGACGAGGGUCGGGCUAAGAUUGUGGAGUACUUGUACAAUGAAUACUCCCUGGAGGAGAUUCUCUACAAGCUGGCAAAGGUAAUGUUUGCCCAGUCGCUUUCUCAUGGAUCUGAUGAGGCCCAAAUGGAGCUGCAAAAGCUCACCGAGUUUCUAGAGCGCGAGGGUAACAUGGGUGUUAUACCUAUUGACUUGCAGAAGAAAGUUUUAAGAGUGCUGCUCAGCGCAUUGUCGGACACUCUGACCGAACAUCCGGAACUGCUGCCGGCGGCGCGGGUUAAUCUGGCCAACCCAUUUUACAGGCUUCCAAUGCAUACCCCCAGCCAAUAGAGAUACGUGGGGGGCUAACAGAUUAAUACAAAUCCCUAUAUAAAUAUAUGUUAACACGCAUAAUCCGCAUCAGCUAAAUGGCAUAUAUCCACUGAUCGGCGCUACUCUAAAGAGGCGCUCUCUCGGAACUUUGACUCAACUCGGCCCUAAGUUCACCCGAUCGAUUGGCACCUUUCACUUUGGUUAACGGAUUAGCCUACGUGUAAUAUAGCAAAAAUACUCCCGUGAUAUUUUCUGGUCAGGCAGAGGCAAUGUGAGAUGCAAAUGCACAGAACGAACCUUUUACACUUACGGUACGAUAAGAAAAUCUAAAAAAUAAAUAAAAUGACAAACCAAAGUAACCGAACCAAAAUACCAAACAAAACUGAUGAGAGACUUGCGCCCCUUUGAGCUUUUAAAAUUAAAAUAGACUAUCUAUAUGUAUAUGUCCACGGUAUGCAUACGAAUUGGCACACUUGCUUAUAUUUGAUAUGAGUUUGUUAGUUAGAUACAUUGAGAGAUUGACGAUGAGGUUGAGGUUGAGGUGGCUGGCAAAAUCGAUGAGCCGCCACGGACGACCGAUUGAAGCAGGAAAGGGCUCUGAGUCCGCCUAUAUCAGUAGCAAAUAUGGUUAUAACCGCUCCACAGACGAGCGACUGUCGUAAAUAGUUAUUACUCUAUAUGUUCUCCCCCGAAUAAUUGAGCGUUGCAUGCAUUAUUGAUGGAUUGGUUAAAUGAUUGAUUGUGUUGCGAGUUACAUAUACGAUAUGCAAAUAAGAACUAGAACCUGUAUCAAGAAAUUAUCGAUUAUACACUCAAUAUACAUAAAAAUACAUAUAUAUAUAUAUAUAUAUAAAGAA